UUAUUUACCUUUUGUCUCAUCCCAACCUGGCUCCAGCCUUUUCAAGGUCUUCAGACCUUUGCCUGAAUUUGUCCUUUGCCUUAAAUUGCCAUCAUAAGACCUUUGAUCACCCUUAACCCUAUUAGGUACUGGUGGGGAGGGGGGGGGGGGGGCAAAUCGGCCCCCCCACCUGUAGUUUUUUUUUGCUCUUGACGGAAAAUGACUUAAGCUAGGGGUUUAAAAAUUGGUGACUUUUCCUUGUUAUUCAUUGGGCACAUUGUGUCAAAUUUUUUAGUUUCUAGCUUGCGCAGAGGCGUCUCCAGGACAAGUUUCUCUGGGGUAGUUUUGGCCCAGAUAUGACUGUUUUGACAUUUGCCACUAAGCAGAUUUGCUUAGAUUUACACUGGUGACCAGUGGCACCACCCAUCAUAUGUAUGCGCUCAAAGACUAUGUGACGUCAUUUUACAAUGAAAAUAUUGGAAUAGGCGGAUCCAGGUACCUGAGAAAGGGGGGUAAUAUCAAUGUACCCCCAUCUUAGCAUGCCUGAAUCUGCCUAUGCUAAACGAAAACGUGUAUUUUGUGCUUACAUUGCAUAUUCUACAUGAUAUAUGCUAAUGACACAUCAUGUCAUAAGACACAUGAUAUGCCAUGACAAAAACUCAAAACAUCAUCCCAAGUUAGCUACCUGAAUACGCCUAUGAUUUUUGAAAUAUCGAAAAAACGGAAUAUAUAUGAAGGCGCAGUUCAUGAAGAAGAGUUUCCUGAAGUUUCAUCAAAAUCGGUCAAAAAAGAAAGAAGCUAUUAUAACAAUUUUAGUGAUGAGGUGUAAAACGCGAUUUUUUCGAAAGUGUUUGCUUCCAGGACGCACAAUUUUGAACUUUUUUUUACUUCUAAAGUCAAUCUAAUAGUUCACGAUGAGAGCAAUCGAAUGGCGUUUGUCCCAUUAUGAUCGGACAUUUAGUUUUCGAGAUAUCCAGGGGGGCCGAAUCGGCCCCCUCCACCAGGUAACGUAGUCCAGAGAGGCCACCAGUAAUAGGGUUAAUGUCUGAUGGUCAUCUAGUACGACCAUGCAGCUGACAAAGGCUGUGGCUGCAGUGCAACCCCUGCAUCAAUAUUCAGGCAUGAUGCUUGAUAUUGCAUAACCUGAGCUGGUUCUCUAAAUUUACCCCGUGAUCUGGGUCUCUUGGACGGCAAAGAUUCUAUGUCAUCCGGCUAAUCCCAUUCUAGAACCGCAGCCAAGCCCCCGCUGACCUUGAAUGGGACUGGCCAGAUGACAUAGAAUCUUCGUCGUCCAAGAGACUCUGAACGUGAGGUUAUUGUUGCUGUUCUCAGUCAUCUUGAUCGUCUGAUCCAGCCAUUGUUUUUUAACUGUGUAAUGCUAUGGCAGUUACACUACAUACAGAUGUUGGUGACAUAAAGAUUGAGGUCUUCUGUGAUCAAUGCCCAAAGACAUGCGAGAACUUCCUGGCACUUUGCGCGAGUGAUUACUACAAUGACAGCCUGUUCCACCGCAACAUCAAAGGUUUCAUGGUUCAAACUGGUGACCCAACUGGGACGGGUAAAGGUGGAACCUCAAUAUGGAAUAGGAAAUUUGAAGAUGAAAUCACUGACAGUAUCAAACACAAGGUCCGCGGGAUGGUAUCGAUGGCCAACAACGGACCGAACACCAACGGCAGUCAAUUCUUCAUUACGUACGCUCCUCAGCCGCACCUGGACCUCAAAUACACCGUGUUCGGAAAGGUGAUCGAUGGCAUGGACGCACUCGACCAGCUUGAGAAGCUCACCGUCAACCCGAAGAACUACCGUCCGACCAACGAGACGCGCAUCCGGUCCGUCACAAUCCACGCCAAUCCGCUGGCAGGCUGACAACGUGCCUCUGCUCGGGUUACAGUGACCCGCCCCUUCCAUUGACUCACACUUUGCAUUAUCAUCAGUGACAUCGCUCAAUACAUAAAUGUGUAUCAAA